GAGACAUCAUAUACAUUAAUAUAUAUUUGUUGAGCACGAAACCUUGAAGUGUAGCCAGGACAUUUCCUCGAAACUAUGGGCGGCCAUGUAGCUUCAAUAUCUUAUAGAUUAUAUCACUGAACAUAGGUCCAGGUGUAUUCAGUAAACAAAGAUCUGAAGGGCUGUAUUUCCUUCAUCGAACACACUAUGCGUUCAUCACAGUUUGUGACGGAUUACGGAUACGAACAAACUAGCACUUGUUUGGAAGGGUAUAUUCUCAAGGUUCAUCUUCGAAGCCAGUGCGCAGAAUGGCUGUAACGAUCAUAUGCACGCUCUUGGUGUGUUUUAUUACAGAAACGUCAGCGGAAACUUGCUAUGGUCGAUAUUCAUCAACUAUAUGCAUUUUCGGCUGUUGUGAGGAUGCUGUUUAUAUCUUCUGCUGUGUUUCAAACAAAUGGGCAAUAACUAUCAUCGUCUUUGCAGCGUUCGUUACCAUCGCUUUGCUCUGCACGUGUUUCCAGGCAGUUGCUAAAGCGGCCACAUCUAAAAGCCGGACAGUGGGCGUGGAGAGGACCGCUCCUGAGACAACAAUGCCGAGAGCUGCCACGUCAGGUGCAACGUCAGGUGCAACGUCAGCUGCCACGUCAGGUGCCAUGUCAGGUGCAACGUCAGGUGCAACGUCAGCUACCACGCCAGCUGCCACUUGAAGGAUUGUCCUAUAUGCCAGGCUGCAUCGUAUAACGGAUGUACUUCUGAAGAAAACAAUACAUCUAUCUUCUUGCUUUUAUUUUAUCCUAAUUAUAUAAUACAACACACGGGGUCGAAAAAUUAUUAUGCUAUUUAAUUGUGGUUUUGUGUUAAAGUAUAUUUCAAAGAAUUAAUAAAAGUAAAAUAGCUUUCUCAACAUCCGGCUUCCCUAACACUUGCCUUAUUAACGGCUAUGUUUGAAGCGGACCUCUGUCAAGCCUGAUCACAUCGCCUUCUUGUUUCAUUCUAAACUGGUCUAGAAAUGUUCAGAAAAACAACAUAAAUUUUCGAAAUAUAACCUUAUAUAAUUUGUAUAUUGGCCUUGAUUGUGUUGUCAUGAGUAAUUACACAAGGUAUAUUAAUAAUGUUCGUGUGAAGAAAUACAUGUUUCAUACUGUGUGCACCCGAAUGAAGUAUAUUACAGUCAAUAGUUGGAAUGUUUUAGCACAUACAUCAACGACUUUACAUUGGAGAAGUGUAUACUUAGCAAUUAACGAGAGUGUUAAGAAUUUGCAAUAAAUCCUGCCAGAAUGAAUUUUGA